AUGACGCCCUUUCAUACACGUCUUACGUUCCACUUAAUAUUUGUUUCCGUCGCCGCUGGCCUGAACAACUGCAUCGCUGUAACUUCCAUCAAGGAUUACUCAUUGACCAACCACAUCUACAAGAUAUCAUCUGGGAAAUCUCAGCUGACGUGUAUUGUAGCAUGUGAUCAAGAUACAAAGUGUUACAGCUUAAAUUACAGAUUUCCCAGCAAAACGUGCGAGUUGAGUAACUCAACUCGAUUCGCAGAUCUUCAGGAUUUUUUGUUUUCACCAGACGUUGUAUAUUUCGACCACUUGUCACGUCCCUCGGGUUCGUGCGUGGGUGACGCGCCGUGUAAAAACAGCGGAAGGUGUGUCAAUCUGGCGAAGGCUCCUGGGUUUAAAUGCAACUGUUACAAAGACUACACUGGAGAUACGUGCAAUGGUAAUUAGCGUCAUACGGUGAAAUGAAAAUUAUAGGUUGGUUGGCGACAUUCCAAAGACUAGGGGGUUGGGGGGCAGGAAGAACGUGAUGGGCUGGCGAGGACUCUACUUUUUCCUUUUCACGCACGGUCGUCGCGAUCUCUAGCCCCUAAAUUUCCCCUUUUCUCCGAUCGCUUUCAAACCGCGUGGCAGGUUGAUUAAAAUGAAUGUAAAAAACAUAAAAGUAUGACAAAACAGGUUUAAUAUCAUUUUGCAUCAUUUUUGAUAAUCUAAAAGAAAGGACAAAAAAUAAGGUUAAAAAGAUUGCAAAAGAUUUUGAUCUAACACUAGGCCCAAGAAGUAUUAGACAAAAAACAAAUAAAUGGAAAAGUCACUUUCCAACCGACUGAUUAAUUUCUUUUGAGACUUAGUCUGAACUGUGGCGCUUCAUAUCUUGGCCGUAGAGGGCGUUCUGCUUCCGUAGUAACCUAAAGAGUCUACGAAAACUCAUCAAAUACUAUAUGAUGAUUAAGGCCAGAAAAAUCUUUCCUUAAUUUCCUAAAUGUGAUUAUAGCUCAUAUGGGUGGGUUACAGGAAGCUCAUAAAUGGACUGAUAGCUGCUGCCUCUUGCACCAUUGUAUGCUGACGUCCGAGCUUGUAAAGAGGACGCGUCUUGCUUUCCUCUAAUACACGGUAUCAAAUUUUACUCACUCUAGAUCUCUCGAUUGUUUAGUUUGUAGCUCUCCUCCACUGGGGAUGCGGGAUCGGCGAAUUCUUGAUCAUCAGAUAACAGCAUCAUCAGUGGGAAUGUCGUUAAGCCUUAAACGUUUUAAUGCGAGGGAUGCGCGCUUAUGGCUGAAGGCAUCAUCCUGGGUCAGUGCUCUUGUGGAUUACAGUCCUUGGCUACAAAUUACUUUCGCGCCUGAAAUAAAGCUAAUCACUGGUAUUGCUACUCAAGGCAGUCCAUCAUAUGAUUGGUUUAUUACGAGCUACACCCUAAAAUACAGCAUGACUGGUAAAAUAUGGAAAAAUUAUGAGCAAGGUGGAUUAAUCAAGGUAUGUAAUGCAAUUAUUACUGAUCGUGUACAUUCAUCGCGGCUUCCAAACUCGUCCGGAGGGCUUUUCCGCCCCUCCCAUUUUCUAAGUAAAAGCCCUGGAAACGAGGUUGGUCUCCUUCAAAAAUUCGAACCAAAACUGAUCCCCUUCACCAGUCAAACAACGUAAGUCGACUCCAUGGAUAAUUAUCCAUCGUUACUCCUUCUGUUGAACAAGUAAGUACAUAAUUAUAACACACUAUGUGCCCUAAAAAAGAACUUUUAUAAACGACACACAAGAACGAAUAUUGGAAAGCAGUCAAUCCAAUCUAUGACUGUUGACCUCUGGAAAUAUCUUCCCCUUGAAAGACCUCCCAAGUUUCUCCUUCCCAAAACAACAUAUCUUUCCUCCUUCCCCUAAAACAACAUCCACUGUUUAGACAAUUUGAAAGUUGACCAUAUCCGUUCUUUUCUCCAUGUUGUGUCUAGUUUAUGUGUUAUUUAUUUACUUAUGUUGUUUUUUUUCUUUUUUUGCCACUAUUUUACAUGUCACCACUGUGUUAUUAAAAAAAAUAUCAUUUUAUAGCUAGGCGCUAGCACGAAAUCGUUUGUUCCUAGACAUCCUUGUUGUCAUAACGCAUAAUUUUAUGUAGCAACUUCUUCUUUUCUUGCCACUAGCAUCAAAAAAAUGUAAAAUUCUCCAUUUGGAUGUAAUGAUAACGUUUGUUGUUGCUGUUGAACCUCUCGAUAACUCAAAGCAAUUUUGUUUUCCUCUGUACGGGUUCGAAAAACCAGGAUUCCACUUAGUUUGCUUCAGAUUGUCGUUCAGUGACUGUAAAUCUUAGUACGCUUGGAAAAGUCUAUUCAAAAAGAGACAGGCAACCCCUGUAUCGAGUAUAAUUCAUUUGUUUCAUGAUACAAAAACACUUCUGGUAGUACUAUUUUGGCGGAUUUGAUAUAUCUAUAACUUUAAGAAAUAGCGCGCUUCGAGGGAAAAUUUACGGACAGGAUAUCCCGUUAAGUCAUAGUUUUGGAUUUUCUUUUAGCCCUUGAAGAAGGUUUGUUUUCAAACCGAAAUAUUGGGCAAUUUAUUUAAAUACAUAUUUUUUUGAUUUAUCUUUUGUUUACUUCUUCAUCGCCUUGCCGUAAGGAUCAGUUUGCAGUUUCAUAUUUUUCUACAAGUUUAAUUGUACUGAUCCAGGACUACAACUGGGAGAUCCGGCUCCACACAUUGGUUUGUUGCUGUGCACUUGCUGACAUUUUAUAUAUUUCGGCACAAUAUACCUUGAGAUAAGACAAGUUAAGCUUCAAGCAAGUGACACACACGUACACGUGUAAACCCACGGUCAUGCGCAUGAGCCCGAAACAGCUAUCUGUGGUUACCACAAUGGCUACUACUGCCUGGGUGAUACGCACAUGCGUGCGGUUUUGGCCAGACAGAGCGUUAGCUUACGUGUAUUUCUUGCUUUAAAUUUUUCUGAACUUAAGAUGGUCGCCAUUGCUACGUAAACGGAUGUAUAAAAAGUACUAUUUUUCCUUGAUGUCUAUUGGUCAUUAGAGGUUGCGUCUGAGACUUGGUGUAGGUGUUGUGUCGAAUUGCACUAUGGGAUUGUUCUACGGGUUGACUUAUGACCAAUAUUGCACUCCCAUAUUGCAAUUCGACACAACAUCGGCCCGGUCUUACGCACAGCCUCGAACAGCCCACGUUUGAUAUAUUAAAGUUCUAACAUGACUCCGAGGCUUCAGGGUCAAAAUUCCAAAUUUUUUACGACUCCUUAGUCUUGCGAUUCCCAGAAGAGACUUGAGGACAAAGAAAACCAAACCAAAUAAAGAAAAAUGAUCAGAAAGCCUCGGAGUCAUGUUAGAAUUUAAAAAUAUCGAACGUGGGCUAUUGGUCAACGCCCUUCCCCACUCUAAACUGUUUGCCUACCACACCCUUUUGCAGCGAAAUGUACACCUCGGUUCUAUGGUUACUAGUUUUUCUGAAUCUUUUGCAGAAAUUUUCUGGAAAUUCAGACAGAAACACAGUUGUGAGUCAAGGAAUUUCUCCACCCAUCAAGGCGUCAUUUAUCCGCAUUCUCCCACUUGAUACAAAGACGUUCAGACGCACUGCUCUGCGUCUUGAGCUCUAUGGCUGCGACUUUGUCGAAGACCAAACAGUGAACUAA